GGAAGAGGAGGAGGAAGCAGUAGAGAUGUGAUCCUUUUAAAAGGAGGGACUGAGGCAACUACAGGACACAGUGUCAUAUGUUCUGAGCUGUGAAUAUAAUCAGGUCCACUACAUUGUUCAGUCACUUGAAUCCUAGAGUCUCCAUCUAACCUCGCUCCUGUCUUCCUCAUGUCCUGCAGUCCGAAGCGGUUGAAGAUGCAGCACAGCGGCAACAACAGCGCGACAGACUUCCAGAAGCUGUGGGGGAGAUGGAACGGCCUCGUGAGCCGCUUUUAUGAUGACCCCAAGGUCGCAUGGCUGAUGGACACGAGAAUCGGGCAGUACCUGGGCAGCCAACCGGUCUUAGCUCUGACAGGGUUGAUGUUUAGUGCCAUGGCUGCACUGCCGGUGGGACUUUUCCUCUCUUUUGCUCUCGUGACCAUCGUCAUGUCGGCUGUCGGUUUUAUUUUCUUUGAAGUGUUCCUGUUGUUUAUAGGAGGGGUGAUUCUGAUGUGUGUGCUCCCCGGCAUCGCCCUCUUCGCUGUCAUGGUUGCAUUAGUCUCCAAUGCGCUUUACGUCACCAGCUCCAACAUCUUCAGCCGCUAUUAUCUCACAAAGGGAGCUGAAGUCCUGGACGACCAGGAAGAGUCCAUGAAGAGUGAAUGUGAAACAAAGAAACUGAAGGAGACGCAGUAGCUUGAUUCUUCUUCUCUCUCCGAUGGUCAACUUUCAAAUUCGCUGAGCAACCUAAACUCCUGAAGCUCGCGGGAUUCAGAGGAUUCACAGCCUUGAAUGUACCAUAUUCAGCUAAUAUUAUAAGCGCAAAUACUUCCUGAUUGUUACUGUAUGUCUAAAGCAUAAAUAUUAUAAAUUCAUAUUUUUUUGUGUCAUUAUCUUUAUACAUAUGAAAUGUCUACAACAGCCAAAGCAUGGAAUGACUCAUCUUUCAACUGCCUCAAUGGUCAAAUUCAGAAGAUUUAUGUAAAUCGAAUCUGUACUACGUAACCUGCACUAUGGAUUCAUCUCGAAAUGGCAUCUCAUUUCAAGUAAUUGAGUGAAAGUGUUGACUCAUGGCUGAACAGUGUGAUUAAGCCAUGUACUAUUCCAUUUUCUACAUUCAUUUUUCAGUCUGAAAAUGUGUGGCUUGAUUAUGCUCAUCUGAUCUGAUGUUUAUGCCUAUUAGGCCAAAAUAAAUGCACAAUAAAACAACCAAAGACGUGCUUAAGUCAUGAUGUUGUGGACUAAUUGAUGAGAUAAUGUAAUCAACAGAUCUGUAAAACUUCUCUCCAUAGACACCACUUCAAAUCCUGUGUUCAUUUAGAAGUUUCUUGGAAAAAAAAGUCAUUUGGCAUGAAGAAAAGCUUACAAAUUGACUAUUGAACCAAGAAAUCUUGAAGAGCAGCCCUAAAAAAUAAAACCGU